AUGUCUCUCCUUUGGCAUAUCGGUAAUGACGUUGAGAACGUUGGCUUGGCCGACUUCAACCUAUGGAAUGGAGACUUCAACUUUCUGCCAAGUUUCAGCACCAGAUCAGUUGUGCCCCCAGAUAUACAAGGUCAUGUCCGAGGACGUGUUUUCCAAUCUGGUACCGGCACAAUGCAUGCCAAAGAACAGGAUGAUCAGGCCACCGUCACGGAAAUAUACCGCACCUCAAGCCGUAUCUACUUUUUUCGUCAGCUGAGAGAUCGAGUGAGCCUGACACAGUCGAAUACCACGAGAGCAUACCCGCCGUUCAUGGCACGAGCGCAGAUUCGCAAACUCAGAACGUUCGCUAUAGGGAUUUUACGCACCUUGCCUAGCAACUCCCUGUUCAACAGCGCACGGCUCUUUCCGCUUGGACUCAUCGGUCCUGAGCUUACCUACGAGAAUGAUCAAGCAUUUGUAUUGCAGAAGCUGAAGCUACUUCUGGAAACGUUACACUUCGAUGUCUUCCGGUCGUUCGCAGGGGACCUUGCAAAAAGCUGGGUUCAGUCUCGGUUCCGCGACUACGCUGCUCGCGCGGAUCGUCCUCACAACGCAACAAUCAGAUUAAUUGGUUAG